AUGGCAAGCUCGAGCGCUGGAUCGUCAGAGCACUUAGCCGAGACAAAUGAUCCGGGUCUGGACCAGCGGGUCAGUAUCGCGUUUAUUGUUAUUGAUACGUUCUUCAUGCUGGUGUUCUACGUGAGUCGACAUUAUAACCCCAAGGCCGUGAGAACGCCCAUGGUGGUGUGUAAUACGCUGUGCUAUGUGCUUUGUCUGGGCAGUGCAGCCACGGGAAUUUUAAUGGUGAAAAUAGGUGGCGUAGGGCAUCACGUCGAUUCUGUCCCAGUUACCACUUUUCAGACCUGGCUGAAGCUAUCCAAAGUUCUCGAAUUCACCUACACACCAGCCGUCAUGUUCGCUAAGCUUGCUGCUCUAUUCCUUUACUACCAAGUUUUUGAAGUCUCGCGUUACCGUUUCGUUAUCGUUGGAACCGGCGUGGUUAUCAUCCUUCAAGGCAUUGUUGCUCUGAUCCUAGCAUUUUCAAUUUGCCGACCUUUCAGACGUGGUGAUGCUGGUACUCCCGUGGCCGAUCCUUCUGCGGUUGCAAAUGCGUACAGCCGAAAAGAUCGGCCUGAUACUUACUUUCCUCGCUGCUUCGCUGGGCAUCAUAACGUGCGCGCUUCGUUUUUCCGUCUUUUUCACCGUUCCACUCUUCUCAGACCCCACAUGGCAUGCCUCUGGGGGGCCUAUGAUCUACGCCCUCGUCGAACCGUCUAUCUAUAUGAUAGCUAG